CAUAAAUAGCCGCGCACCCGCUCCCCCCUACUCCCUUCCUCUCCUUACUCCACGCCGACACCUCCUCGCUGUCGACCCACCUCCUCCCUCCCCGCCCAGCAUCCAACCGCUCGCGCCCCGCGCCAUGUCAUACAGCUACGCCUCGCGGCACCGCGGCCCAGGCAUGUCCACGUCGACGUUGCUCGCGGCCAAGGUGGCCUUCGCGUCCGCCGCGCUCGCCGCGGCCGCCUCCUUCGCGCGCCUCGCCGUCCCGCAGCUCGUGUCCGUCGCCGGCGCCGUCUUCCCGCGCGUGUGGGCCAUCGUGCGCUUCUGGCUCACCCCGCCAUAUCUCUUCGUCACCGUGCACCUCAUCAUCCUCGUCAUCUGGAAGCUCUCCGACCACAGGCACUUCCAGGCCCAGGCUCACCACAGGGACCCCUGGCCGGUCGCUCAGCACACUCCGCACCCUCCGGCGGCUGCUGUCCCCGCCGUCGAGGAGGCCGCCCCUGCCGUCAGGGCCAAGGAAGAGUUUGACUCCUCGGCCGGGUACGACGAACCCCUGGAGCCUGAGUUCUCCCCGGACUCCGGCGGUGGCGAGUCCUGCGUCACGACGGAGUCCGACGAGGACGCCUCCUCCGCCCCUUCAUCCUACCUAGUGGACGCGAGGCGGAGCGUCGCGCCAGCGCAGGAACACGCGGUUCUUGAACGCGAGCUCUCGCUGCCGCCCCAGACCGUGGACUUCGACGGCGAGGGGGACGACGACUUGGACGCCACGUGGAACGCCAUCAUGCAGAAGACGCGCCCGGCGCCCGCGGCGCCAGCGCCUGCCCCUCCCCCUCCCGCGCAGCAGCCGCCGCCGCCGCCAAGAGCGCGGGACCCAUCGGUUGGCGCGGAGGAGAUGAACCGGCGGUUCGACGACUUCAUAAAGAAGAACCGCCACUCCUUCGGGCGGCAAUAGACGCCCUCCGAUCCGAUCCACCCUCCCACAUCGCAGCCGUGCGAUACGUAUAUACACACAUGCAUCUUUGGUUUUUCUUGGUGUCGCCGCCGAAGAGAUCGCCGGAGCGGAGGGAGGCGGGUCAAUCAAAUCGCCAUGCUUAGGCUGCGAAGGUUCUGGAUGGAUUAUUGGAUGGUGUUGCUGUGGGAGUAGCUAGAGAUGAUCUUAAUGCGCUGAAAUGGUGGUUUGAGUUGGUACUUCGUUGUUAGGCUCUCCUUUUCAGUUGUUCACCUUGCUAGCCUGGCAUUUGUUCUUACCUUUCCCCUCUCCUUUUCCUACAGCUCUUUUACUAAUUAUAACAGUGCUAAUUGUCCAAGUUCAUAUGGUGCUAA